AUGAGUGACUUCCUUGAUCGCGUGGAAGGUUUUAUUAAGCUUGAAGAAGCCAUUCAGCGGGCAGGGGUGGAGCAAAAACCUAGCCAGCCAAAAGCUCUCUCUGCUGGGAUAUCCACCCAGCUCCCCCAAUACCCAAGCAAUUCGAGCUCGGGUGGUAAAUGGUCCAACAACAACAAUAGGCAAGGAAAUGGGAAAAAGGGAAAGUUUGCUAGUAAAACUGAACAAACUCCAAGGGAGAAUCCUACCAAGUUUACUGCAUUUUCUAUCCUGACAGAAGAUAUAGAAAGUGUGUACAUGGCUACUCAAUCAUUAGCUCCGUACAAGAAGCCCGCACCCAUGAAAAAAUAUGUAAGCAAGAGAGACAUGGCUAAGUUUUGCUGUUUUCAUGGGGAUUAUGGCCAUGACACCAAUGAAUGCAACAAUCUGGAGCGAGAAAUUGAAUUUCAGAUAAGAAAAAAUAAUUUGCACGUACAGAAGUAUGUCAAGGCCGAUCAAAAUCAGAGGGGCGAUAACAACCAAGAUUUACUACCACCACCAGUAGAUGGACAUCUACAAGUCAUUAUUGGAGGGCCGCACAUAGCUGGAGAUUUAGGCAAAGCCCGGGAAAAGUAUGCCCGAACAGUACAGCAUGAACAAAAAGAAGUAGUUCUGGCCAUCGAAGAAAGAAAACCGAAGAUACCACGAGGAGGGGAGCCCACCAUAAUAUUUAGUGAUGAAGAUGCUAUCAAUAUCAGUUUCCCGCACAACGACCCGUUGGUCGUGGAAGUCCAAAUAGCCAACAAGAUGGUGGCCCGAACCAUGAUAGACAAUGGAGCCUCUUCCAACAUCUUAUUCAAGACAACGUAUGAAAAGAUGGGGCUCCAGCUCAAAGAUUUAACUCCUUGUCUCCAGCCCGUGUAUGUUUUUCUCAGCCAAGGUGUCGCACCUCUAGGGCAAAUUUGCCUACCCCUCACUGUUGGGCAAGCUCAGAAGAGCAUAACUAUAAUGGCACAAUUUCUAGUAUUGGACGUUCCAUCAGCAUUUAAUGUCAUGUUAGGCCGACCAGCUUUAUAUGACUUAAAGGUUGUUACGUCAAUAUUCCAUUCAUGCCUUAAGUUCCCAACAAAGAAUGGGGUGGGGUGCCUAAGAGGAAACCAGCAGGCUUCUCGGGAAUGUUACAACCUUGCCAUAACCAAGGCUAAAAAGGAAGUAUCCUCUAGCCAGAGUUCGGACAAGGGAAAAAACAUUGCUAAAUAG